AUGUCAACGGUUGCGACUCGCGACUUUCCUGCCAACCCCGUCGUUCCACCCAUUCUCUUUUCAAUUGGCUACAGACAUGCGUCGGAGAUCCUGCGCAUACUGCAGCAGCCGAUGCCUGGGACGCCCGAGCUGAAGGACCGCCGUCGCCGGAAUGGCACGAAGGACAAGGACUCUCAGAGCUCGAACGGGAGCCCGCGUGAAGGAGGAACCAAGGAGCUGAAGGGCAGCCCGUACCCUAGCUCGACAGGCUCGGGGAGCGCAAGUCGUUCGGUGCCGCCAUCGCCGACAGGUAGCGCGCCACCACCGCCCGCAAGGCUCCUCGACAAGGACGACGGUGUCGCGGAGGCUCUCUCCCAUUGGCUUCGGUCCUCUUCCUGGUGGGUGGAUCGGUCCAGGCGGUUCACGUCCUGGGCCAGGUCACUCGCCGACGAUGAUGCACCGCAAUCGCCAGCUGUCAAUGCUGUCUCGCGCAUCACCUCCGAUUUCGGCAUCAACAUGAAGCGCAGCUGUGUUGAGAGCAUCAACAGCAUGCUUGAGAAUGAAAAUAUCAGGUGCGUCUUUCCUCAGUCCGGCUCUGGCAGACGUCCGUCCCCAGUGCCCUCACAACUUCCUGAGGCACGGGGCCACCCGCUGUCAGACGCACCCGCGCUCCCGACGAUGCUCCCGCCGCAUCCGCGACUGAUUGGCGCAGGGCACGCAGGAACGAGUCUCCCGCCGAUCAAGCGAAGGAAGGACCCGAUUGGAAUGGCAAUGUACAGCACAACGCGCACGGCAGCCAUGAGCAUGCAAGUUGCCCGUCUGCUGCACGUUGUCCACGAGCGUGGGGACGAGGAGGAGGAGGUGUGGGCGGGUGUGAGAGAGAGCGAGCGGGCGGACGAACGGGCGGGCGGGCGGAAGCGCGAGCGGCCAGUGGGCAGGCGAGCGGGUUACCAGACUGGCGGUUGA